AUGAUAGCAGUCUCUGCAGUCAGCAGUGCACUCCUGUUCUCCCUUCUCUGUGAAGCAAGUGCUGUCGUCUUACUCAAUUCCACUGACUCAUCCCCGCCAACCAAUAAUUUCACUGAUAUUGAAGCAGCAGUAAAAGCACAACUAGAUUCUGCGGAUAUCCCCAAAGCCAGGCGGAAGCGCUACAUUUCGCAGAAUGACAUGAUCGCCAUUCUUGAUUAUCAUAACCAAGUUCGGGGCAAGGUGUUCCCACCAGCAGCAAACAUGGAAUAUAUGGUUUGGGAUGAAAAUCUUGCAAAAUCUGCAGAGGCUUGGGCAGCUACUUGCAUUUGGGACCAUGGACCUUCUUAUUUACUGAGGUUUUUGGGCCAAAAUCUAUCUGUACGAACUGGAAGAUAUCGCUCUAUUCUCCAGUUGGUCAAGCCAUGGUAUGAUGAAGUGAAAGAUUAUGCUUUUCCAUACCCUCAGGAUUGCAACCCCAGAUGUCCUAUGAGAUGUUUUGGCCCCAUGUGCACACAUUAUACGCAGAUGGUUUGGGCCACCUCCAAUCGGAUAGGAUGUGCAAUUCAUACUUGCCAAAACAUGAAUGUCUGGGGAGCUGUGUGGCGACGUGCAGUUUACCUGGUAUGCAACUAUGCCCCAAAGGGCAAUUGGAUUGGAGAAGCACCCUAUAAAGUAGGGGUACCAUGUUCAGCUUGCCCUCCAAGUUAUGGAGGAUCUUGUACUGACAAUCUUUGUUUUCCAGGAGUAACGUCAAACUACCUAUACUGGUUUAAAUAGGCUUAUCUUUUCGUCCAGGAAAUAGAAUGGUUUCUGGGAAUCAUAGGCAUAUAUAUAUAUUGAGUUUUGCACAUAUUAUACAUAUUUUAUAAUAAUCUUGUUUUCCUUUUAUUAUUCAUUGUAUAAAUUAGUGUUUGUCUAGUAUGUUUGUUUCAUCUUUGAGGUAAUCAAAACAUCCAUUUCUAUCUUCUGACCUCUAA